GUUUAUAUUUUUUUGCAAGUUUUUUAUAUGAUUUUUGAAUUAUUUCAAUGUGUAAUUAAAACAUUGGAGAGAAGUAUUCCACUAAUUAUCAUAAGAAAUCUACCGAACAAAGGACAUGAUAUGAAUGAUUUGCAUAUACGUUUUAUUUAAUUUAUCUUUUUAGUGGUUCAUGAAUUUGCGUAUUUAUAAAUUCCCUUCAAACGCCAUAUAUAGAGCACCUUUGUUGAAAGAAUGAUUCUUGUUUUGUGUUGAGUUCAGACGCAAAAUUUCAAAUGGAGGCUAGUUACCAAGCUUUUGUUUCUGAAACAGAGGAUGAUUCGGAGGAUGUUCCUCACGAGAGUAACGUGAAAAUCCAUAUUCCUCCAACUUCUAAAGUUACAAGAUGGAGCCAUAUAGAAGAUUUAGAUUUAUUUUUCACGAGAAUUUACGCUUAUCAUCAAAAAGGCGGAUACUUUUGUAUAUUAUUACGCGGUGUUCUGGAACUUGUUAAAGUUAUUUUUAUGCUAGUAUUUUGCGUGUUCCUCGUCUAUUUCGUAGAUUACCAAGUUUUAUUUCGUAAUAAAUUACCUCCGAAUUUCAAUAAUAGUUCUACUACUCCGCAUAAAAUAACUAUACCAGAUGCAAUUUGCCCACUGCAUCAAUGUUUCAAAGAUAUUGGCGGUUUUGCUUGGUUGUGUAUCACAAUCGUUCUAGUCUAUUGGCUGUUUCGUUUAAUUAAGCUUAUUUACAAUUUGUAUCAUUUUUGGGAUAUCAAAGGAUUUUUCAAUAUCGCUCUUCAAAUACCAGAUGACGAACUGAGUAAUAUAACAUGGAAUGAAGUACAGAAGAAAAUAUGCGAAGUACAACGUGAGCAACAGAUGUGUAUCAGGAAAAACACAUUAACCGAGUUGGAUAUUUAUCACAGAAUACUAAGGUCGAAAAAUUAUAUGGUUGCUAUGGUCAACAAAUCAGUUCUACCAAUUAAAUACAAUUUACCUUUCUUUGGGGAAGUUACAUAUAUGAGCCAGGGUCUCAAAUACAAUUACGAAUUAUUGUUCUUCUCUGGACCAUGGGGUUUUUUUGAAAAUUGGCAUUUGAAGGAUGAUUACAAAAAAGCAAGCAAACGACAGGAACUGGCUGCCAGGCUUAAAAGAUAUAUCGGCUUAUUCGCGUUGGGUAAUACGAUUCUUGGUGGAUUCAUUUGUGUCUGGCAGUUCGUAUAUUUCAUCUUUAAUUAUGCUGAACUAUUGAAAAGAGAACCUGGAGUAUUAGCUUUGAGAUGCUGGUCACUUAACGGAAGGCUUUUCUUGAGACAUUUUAAUGAACUCGAUCACGAGCUAGAAGCCAGAUUGAGACGAGCAUAUCGACCAGCUUCCAAAUAUAUGAAUACUUUUUCAUCUCCUAUCAUGAUUAUUAUUGCUCAUUAUGUUAGUUUCAUCGCUGGCUCAGUACUCAUAGUACUCGGAGCAUUAGCCAUUUACGACGAAGAUGUUCUCGCCGUCGAACACGUGCUCACUAUUAUUACCAUUUUGGGAGCCAUCACUGCCAUAUUCAGAGGAUUUAUACCCGACGAAAAUAUGUGCUGGUGUCCUGAAAAAUUAUUAAUCGAAAUUCUCGCCGAAGUUCACUAUUUACCCGAUAGCUGGCGUGGUCAAGCACAUUCAACCGGAGUGCGAGAUCAGUUUUCUCAAUUUUUCCAAUACAAAGCUGUUUACCUUGUUUUUGAAUUGAUCUCACCUGUGGUUGUUCCCUGGAUAUUGUAUUUCAAAUUGAGACCUAGAAGCUUGGAAAUAGUGGAUUUCUACCGCAAUUUCACGGUAUCUGUGUUAGGCGUAGGCGACGUGUGUUCUUUUUCAUUAAUGGAUAUGAGAAAACAUGGAAAUCCUACCUGGCAAGCACCCGGAUACAUGAAAUGUCCAGAAAAUAACAAACAAACUCAAGCCGAAGAUGGUAAAACUGAAUUAUCGUUGAUUCAUUUCGCCACCAUGAAUCCUACUUGGCAACCUCCUCAAGAAGCAGAACAGUUCAUUCACGAAGUAAAAGAGAAAGCUCGUCAUCACGAAGAUGCUCCAGAUGAGGCUGAUCGUCAUUCUGAAGCUUUGGAAUCAGUCAGCGCCGGAUUGAGUAUGAUUCUGUCUCACCAUCAACCGUCGUUUCCAACCACCUCAAAAAUGAAUUCUACCUCAAAAAUGAAUUUCGCUCACGGAUGUCGAUUGGAAGGACCUGCUAGGUCUUCAUCCUAUUAUUACAACCCUACGUUUGGUAAUUCGGAUUCAAUUUACGGAGAAGACAGAUUAAUGGUACAUGCUGAAACACCCUCAGUCGACAUGAGCAUAAACACAUUGUAUCUUCACGGGGUCCAUCACAGGAAAUUAGCUUCGAAGCCUAGAGAACCUACGUACGAAGAAACUCCUACAGUCGGAGCGCCCAGCGUGAACACAUAUACUGCCAUAAUACCAUCGACCUCAAAACAAACUACCACCAGAACGAAUAUUUGCGAAGGCACCCCGUUAUUGAAAAACGUUCCUAAACAUUUCUGACUGAUGAAUGGAAAAUUUCAAGAAUUCUUAUGAGGUAUACACGGAUUAAUACGCAAGUCUUGUGAAAUGUGUAUUAUUUACUAACUUUUUUUUCGAUAGGGAAUGUGUUUCAGUUUUACUCUUUUUUUAUUCAAAGGUUAUAGUGAGAUAGAAGGAUAUAUUUUUUGUUCAAAUUUUUAUGUGUCUAUUAUUUAUAAGUUUCGACUGAAUUUUAAGUGACUUGAGCUUUAAAAAAUAUGUGAAAGAGGAUGUGUUUUGAGAUUUUUAUUUCUAGGUAUGGUAUGCAGUAAUAUGGAGGGUUGAUCGGAGAUGAUUUAUGAGAAUUACUUCCAAUUAAUCCAAUUUAGUGUAACGUUCUCUUGGUAUAUAUUUUAUUUUUUUAAAUUUUUUUUUCAUAUUUUAAUGACUUAAUCAUUGCGUUUAAUGUUUACUAUAAUUUCUAUAUUAUUACUUUUCAAAAGCUGCGGUAAAAAAAAAAGCUUUCAUAUAUUUUGCUCUUUUUAUCAAAUGUUUUAUGUUACUUGUAGAAUUUACGAUUACGAAUUGUUUGCAAUCCUAUGUUUUCGUUUUCAGAAUUUUAUUACUUAUUACUUCCUUGGAUAAACUUGUACGAAAUUAGGUUUAUACAUUUUACCUGAAUUUGGUUUAUUUUUCUGAACAGUUUGUAGUCAUUUAAUUUUUGAAAUAUUUUAUAAUUUUAAAUCUACCUAUGUAUUUGUAAUUGUAUAGCGUUGAUUGCUUCAAGGAUGAACCUUAAUGUUCAAACCUUUUUUGUUUUUUUUUGUUUGCAUUUCAGUUUGUAUAUAAAAUCACGUUUUGGAAUAAUUUUUAAACGUAUUUUAAAAACUUACUGUGUAGUAUGUACUAUUUUGUUUUGGGUAAGUUAUUUAUAUAAGAACGAUUAUCAGAAACUGUAGGUCUGAUUUAUAUUCAGCAGCUUCUUUUUAUUUUACUAAUACUUAACUUGUGUUUAGAUUAGUUGCUUUUUACCAGUCACUUUUUUUGUAAUGUGUCUGUGAUAUGUUUUCUGUUGAAUGUAAGCCUAAUAAAAAAAAUUGAAUAUUUU